AAUCUGUACAGUCAGGGCUUCCCAAAUGCGCGCCCCCGACCUGGUGCCAAGCGCGCCCCCUUCAUUUGUUCCCCUUCUUGAAGCUCAUUUUCAUGACGUGGAAAAGCCUGAUCCAGGGCAACAACACCACACACACACACACACACACACACACGGAGAGAAAGAGAGAGAAGCCCGAGAUUCUCCGCUGUGAUUGAGCCUCCCUCCCUCUCCCUCCCAACGAUGUGCUGCUGGUGCCCAGAGAAAGCAGCAGCCCCAGAGCUGGGAGCCUGCAGCAGCCCCCUUCUCCUCCCUCCUCCAUUGAGUGUGCCAAACAGCAGCUCUGCAUCCUAAAGAAGCUCAUUGAGGAGCUCAUUGCAUUCCCAACACGUUUCAGGCUUGCUUGCUUGCUUUUUUUUUUUUUCCUUUUGCCUCAGCCUCAGCAGGAGUAGAGAGAGAGAGAGAGACAGAAAGAGACAGAGUGAAACCAGCAAUCCUUAAACUCGAGCUUUUAAAAAUUGUAUUUAUUUAUUUAUUUUUAGACGUGCUAAAAUCUCUCCUGCAAACCGUUUUGUAAUCAGCCACAAAUGAUGAAACCUUCCACGGCAGAGACUCUCCAUAAAGGAAGGAUGUUGUCGGUAAUUCUUCUAAGCACAAUUGCUCUAGCAUGGACUACACCAAUUCCCUUGAUAGAGGACUCAGAGGAAAUUGACGAGCCCUGCUUUGAUCCAUGUUACUGUGAAGUAAAAGAGAGCCUUUUCCAUAUACAUUGCGACAAUAAAGGAUUUAUAAAUAUUAGUCAGAUAACAGAGUCGUGGUCAAGACCUUUUAAACUUUAUCUGCAGAGGAAUUCCAUGAGGAAAUUAUACACUAACAGUUUUCUUCAUUUGAACAAUGCUGUGUCUAUUAACCUUGGGAACAAUGCACUGCAGGACAUUCAGACAGGAGCCUUUAAUGGGCUCAAAGUUCUGAAGCGAUUGUACCUGCACGAGAAUAAAUUAGACAUUUUCAGAAACGACACUUUCCUGGGUUUGGAAAGUCUGGAAUAUCUGCAGGCAGAUUAUAAUGUCAUUAAACGGAUUGAAAGUGGGGCAUUUCGAAAUCUGAGCAAACUCAGAGUCUUGAUCUUAAAUGACAACCUUAUCCCCAUGCUACCCACCAACCUAUUUAAAUCUGUGUCCUUAACUCAUUUGGACUUGCGGGGAAAUAGGUUAAAAGUCCUUUCCUAUCGAGGGAUGCUGGACCAUAUUGGCAGGAGCCUGAUGGAAAUCCAGCUCGAGGAGAACCCUUGGAACUGUACCUGUGAGAUUGUGCAGCUGAAAAGUUGGCUGGAGCGCAUACCUUACACUGCCCUUGUGGGAGACAUAACCUGUGAGACCCCCUUCCACUUCCAUGGUAAGGACCUGAGGGAAAUCAAAAGGAGUAAACUCUGCCCCAUGCUGUCUGACUCCGAAGUCGAGGCCAGUCUGGGGAUUCCUCAGUUGUCAUCUAGCAAGGAGAACGCCUGGCCUACUAAGCCUUCCUCCAUGCUAUCCUCCUUCCAUUUCACUGCUUCCUCUGUUGAGUACAAAACAUCCAAUAAGCAGCCCAAACCCACCAAGCAGCCCAGAGUGCCCAAACCUCCCCCUACAUCCCGAGGCCUGUAUCCUGGGCCAAACCAGCCUCCUAUAGCUGCCUAUCAGACAAGGCCCCCAAUCCCCAUCAUAUGCCCUACUGGGUGCUCUUGUAGUUUGCACAUCAACGACUUGGGCCUGACAGUCAAUUGCAAGGAGAGAGGAUUUCACAACAUCUCCGAGCUCCUGCCCAGGCCCUUGAACGCCAAGAAGUUGUACCUGAGCGGCAAUUUGAUACAGAAAAUCUACCGCUCGGAUUUCUGGAAUUUUUCUUCCUUGGAUCUCUUACACCUUGGGAACAACCGUAUCUCCUACGUGCAGGACGGGGCUUUUAUUAACCUGCCUAACCUGAAGAGCCUGUACCUGAACGGCAAUGACAUCGAGAGGCUGACUCCGGGCAUGUUCAGGGGCUUGCAGAGCUUGCAUUACCUGUACUUCGAGUACAACCUGAUCAGGGAGAUCCAGCCCGCAGCCUUCAGCCUCAUGCCCAACCUGAAGCUGCUCUUCCUCAACGACAACCUGCUGCGGACCCUGCCCACCGAUGCCUUUGCGGGUACCUCCCUGGCCAGGCUCAACCUGAGGAACAACCACUUCCUCUACCUGCCUGUGGCCGGGGUGCUGGAGCACCUCCACGCCAUCGUGCAGAUCGACCUCAAGCUCAACCCCUGGGACUGCACCUGCGACCUGGUGCCGCUCAAGCAAUGGAUCGAGACCAUCAGCUCGGUCAUCGUGGUGGGGGACGUGCUGUGCGCCAGCCCGGAGAACCUCACCCGCCGGGACGUGCGCUCGGUGGAGCUGGAGGCGCUGUGUCCGGAGCUGCUGCACGCGGCGGCCGCCUCGCCCGCCCCGCCAGGGGGCAAGCCCAGCCCCACCAGUCCCUCGGCCUACGAGCUCUCCCCGGCCGGCGCCGCCGCCGUGCCGCUCUCCGUGCUCAUCCUCAGCCUGCUGGUCCUCUUCUUCUCGGCCGUCUUCAUCGCCGCGGGGCUCUUCGCCUUCGUGCUGCGCCGGCGGCGCAAGAAACUGCCCUUCCGCAGCAAGCGGCCGGAGGCGGGGGACCUGAGCGGCAUCCACAUGCAGUGCCACCGCUUCUUCGAGGAGGGCAGCCGGGGGGCGGGCGGCGGUGGCGGCGGCGCCUCGCCGGAGAAGGCCCACCCCGUGGGGCACGUCUACGACUACAUCCCCCACCCGGUGACCCACAUGUGCAACAACCCCAUCUACAAGCCGCGGGAGGAGGAGGCGGAGCGGGGGGAGGAGGGCGGCGGCGGCGAGGCCGGCGAGCGCCUGGGGGGAGGCGGGGCGGGGGAGCAGUUCGCCGAGCCCGGCCACCAGGAGAACAGCACCCACUACAGGACCUUGCUGGAGAAGGAGAAGGAGUGGAGCCUGGCCGUGUCCAGCUCCCAGCUCAACACCAUCGUGGCCGCCAACCACCCGCACCACCACCACCCGGCCGGCGGCGGCGGGCUGGCGCUGGCGGGGGAGCUGGCGCUGGCGCCGCCCGGCUUCCCCCACGAGAAGAACGGCGGGGUGUUGCUCUUCCCGCCGGCCGGCGCCGGGCUAGACAGAGAGCGGCCGCCGCUGCCCUGCACGGUGGGCUUCGUGGACUGCCUCUACGGCACGGUGCCCAAGUUAAAGGAACUGCACGUCCACCCGCCGGGCAUGCAGUACCCGGACCUCCAGCAGGACGCCAGGCUGAAAGAAACCCUUCUCUUCUCGGCCGGCAAGGGCUUCACAGACCAAACCCCCCCAAGCGAAUACCUCGAGUUAAGGGCCAAACUCCAAACCAAGCCGGAUUACCUCGAAGUCCUGGAGAAGACAACCUAUAGGUUCUGACCCGAUAGCUUUUCUCCCUUCCCGCCCCCGUCCCGCCAGUAGCGCCCCCGGCCCCCCUUCUCCAGCCCCCGUGCAACCGCAUGAUGAGAAUAGAGAAUACAGCUGGGUGCUCUCCCCCACCAGAGGUGUGUGUUUGGAGGAAGGGCCGUUCUCAGAUCAUUAAUCAAUGAAGUGCCUUCGCAGACUUGCCAGCAGAUGUUAAUCAUUAUUUUUUAUACUGAAACUGAGACUUUGACUGUGCCAUGUCUAAGGUAUAUUAUUAUUAAUUAUUAUUAUUAUUACUACGGGGAUCUUUGUAUUGAUCCUAACGAAGUAAAUUCUAUGUCUCUUUUUUUUCCGUUGCAGUAAACUUUUUACUUUUUUUUUUUCCCCCUGGGGGUAGGGGGGAGAUGGCAUUUUGUGGCUUUCUUUCUUCUUGCCCAUCAUGGCACAGAUCCUGUACAUUUAUUUAAAACAAUCAAAUGCAGUUUGCUGCAUGCCUGGAAACUGCAAGGGGGGAGGGGCGGGGGGGGUCUUGUUCGAAUGUUCUCUCACUCUUGUCUCUCUCUUUCACAUGCACACACACGUAGACGCGUCCACACAGCUCCCCACCCCAGCCGCCAGUCGGGUCCCUAGCCUCUCCGAUCGGCUUCCCUUCCGUUCCUUUCGCUCUUCCCUCCUCUCCUCCUGGAGCGGGGGGAUUCCAUAUCCAGUGUGAAGUCAUCUGAAACGAAGAAGCCCAUUGGAUGUAACCACGUGGCGCACGCACACACACCUAGGGAUGAUCAAUGACACUUCAUGACGCCAUGAGUUUUUGGAGGACAUCCGCACUUUCUUAUUAAAACAAACCCAUACAAAUAUACAAAAAAUAAUAAUAAUAAAAAAUUCUGGGUACCUAUCACUAACGGCUUUGUAGGAAGCACUUUUAAUGUUUUCUCUCUCUCACACACAAAGAUACAAACAACAAUGUGCAUAUAUUUAUUCUGUAAUUUCAAGUGAAUAUAAAUUGUAAAGGUAAUGUUUAAUCAUUCAUUGUACAGUGAUGCGUCUGGUAUAGCUUUCCUAAUAAAAAGUUUUGAAAACAAUAUAUAGAUAUAUAGAGGAUACAAAGCUUGAACCUAAAAUUUCAGCUUACCCUCCCCCUACCGAUGAUUACUUCUCCCACCUUAAUCCUGAAAGCUAUUUUAUUAAUCACUGUUCAGUGCACUGUGAUGUUAACAGGGAAAAAAUCUGUACAACUUCUGCCACAGUACCACUUAGGACUUUACAAAAUCCGAUUUGAAACCUGUUUUUCUUCCACAUUGCACUGUAACGAUGUCAGAGUUUCUUCUAUUUAAAAAUAAGCAUCAGAAUUAACCCAAUUUCUUCUACUAAUAUUGCUAGUAGAAUCUGUGUUCUGCUACAACCUAGGAGAAAAUAAGGCAUUAGUAUUACAACUUUUCAGUGUUUAAAUUCACAUCAAUUAUAUAAGGAAAUGAGUAGAGAUUGGAGAAAGGCUUAGAUGUACAUUUGAAUAUUUGAUACAAUUGCACUUGGAAUGUUCUUUCCGCUCGUUUGGAAAAGACUGAAACAAUAUGGGAAACUCAGGCCCACUAGCUGAUGUUUGCUGGGUCUCUCCCUUGCCUUGCUGCAAUCAGAACAACUAGGGGGGUUAGGCUGAUUUUACAAAAUGUGUGUCAUUAAAAUGAUGCUGCAAAAUAGACUUGCCGCGUCACCCAGUUUACAACCCACUUAGAUCUGAGCGAAACCAAAGAAAAACGGGUUUUUCUUUUAAGGUACUAGCUGGUAUCUUGUUCCUGGUAGAUCUGGAUUGACACACAGAAAAAGCCGAGGAAAAGCUUUGUUGGGGGAGUUACCCAAUGUGGCCAGUAGAUGGCGCCGGAACUCCAGCGAUCGCAGCAAGCCUGCAGCUGAGUUGUGCCGGCCGCCCGGUACUUUCCGCUUGCACUCCUGAGUCUGUCCUUAAUAGCGUGAAAUCGUUACGUUGAAUGUAAUUCACCAGACGUCACUAAUGCCUUACAUCAAGCUAGGGAACAAAUGAAAUGGGAAUGUGAAUGUCAGCUCCUUAGCCGUGCAGUUACGCCGCUGAGGCCCUGUCCUAAAGAUCUCAAAUAAUGAAUUUUAUAUAGAAAUAUCAAAUCAAAAAUAUAUUUUGUGUUAAUAAAAACAACAAUCAUGGCAGUUUAUGAAGGUAAAUUGAAAAAUGUUUCCACUGUAUUAAAAAAGAACCCCCUGUAUCUAAUGUUCUUGUCCCUUUGGGCAUUUGUUAUGGGACUAAAUGUCCAUUCAUAAGUUGGAACUUUUUGGAUUGGGUGAGGAAAGAGAGCCUAUGUUUGCAUGGACUGAUGGGCCACAUCCAUGCCAGCUGUCCUGGUCAGGAAAAGCUGCUUCCCUUUCUCUUGUGUAACAAAAUUAUUCAACCCAGCACAUUGUAGUCCAAUGGAGUUAAAGGGUGGAUGUUCUCCCCAGAUGGCCCUAAUUAUAGGUUUGGCAGGUAUGCACAGUACAGGCUCUCAGUCUGUCUUUGAGAGCUAUGUGGGGGAAGUAGAAAACAUUUUCUGUGAAUCAAUACUAGCCCUCUGGACCUUAGAGAUAAUGCGGGGGCGGGGGUGGGUGAGGGGACAGCUUCAAAAGUCUGUAAAUCUUUGCAUCACCUCCAUAUUAUUGGUUAAUGUUAUGAACUUCCAAGUUGCCAGAUCCCUCUAGUAUUGAUGUUGGUUUCAUUAUUACUGCAUUCAGCACUAAUCUGUUUUUAAUGGAUAUUAGAAAAGCAUGCCGGUAUUUACAAAAAAUAAACAUCAAAGUGCAAGGCCAGAUUCUUCUGAUGAUAAUCAUUAUAAUUCCAUUGAUAAUGCUGCAGCAUGCAGAACAUGGAGUAUGAUAUGUCAGGUUAAAGUACAAUCCCUGGUGUGACUGGUGCUGUAUACAUUUGGGGGGGGGGGAAGCAAAACCUGAGUGUUCAUAAAUCAUAUCAAAGUGUAAGCCAAUCAUUAUAAAUAAUGUUUAUAUUUUAUUUAAACUACAAAAAGGCAAAAGCAUCUUGACUUAAAUAGAGAUAGCAAUUUCACCUGCAAAUGGUGAGGGAAUUUAUUUAUUCAGUGGAAAUAAAUUUAUUCUAUGAGAAUGGAAUUUUGUAUUAAAAGAGAGAAUUUUUUGGCUUA